GGGAAGUGGCCCAAGUCCCGGGAUCGCUCCGCCGAAUCCGCCCGCGCGUCGCCGCCGUCGCCACCGCCCCCCGUCCCGGCCCCCCCCGGGUUCCCUCAGCCCAGCCCGGUCCAGCCCGGUUCCCGGGAGGAUGAAGUUCGUGUAUAAAGAGGAGCAUCCGUUCGAGAAGCGCCGCUCUGAGGGCGAGAAGAUCCGAAAGAAAUACCCGGACCGGGUCCCGGUGAUAGUAGAAAAGGCUCCCAAAGCUCGGAUAGGAGACCUGGACAAAAAGAAAUAUCUGGUGCCUUCUGAUCUUACAGUUGGUCAGUUCUACUUCUUGAUCCGGAAGCGAAUUCAUCUCCGAGCUGAGGAUGCCUUGUUUUUCUUUGUCAACAAUGUCAUUCCACCCACCAGUGCCACGAUGGGUCAGCUGUACCAGGAACACCAUGAAGAAGACUUCUUUCUAUACAUUGCCUACAGUGACGAAAGUGUCUAUGGUCUGUGAAGCUGCUGUCCCUAAGGUGGUGGUGGGGGGUCCCAUUCUACAAAGAGAGACGUGGCCCCCCUUCCUUGAACUGCUCCUCCUUGAGGGUCAAACACCACCUCCCUUUUUCAGGACCUGCACUUCCUAAUGUUUAAAACUCUCUUCCAGCCCCUUUAAACACAAGGGUUAAUGGGGGGAUGGCCUCUAGUACCCACCCUUUCUCCAUUCUUCCCCUUUACCACCUUUCCCAUUCUGCUUUAGACUUCUUGACUGUCAAUCUCUGUCACAUCUGGUGAUUGUUUUGGUUUCUGUUCCCUUUCUAACUGCCCAAGGGGCUCAGAACCCCAACAAUCCCUUCUUUUCACUACCUUCUUUUUUGGGGGUAGAUGGAAGGGACUGAAAUUGUGGGGGGAAGGUAGGAGGCACAUCAAUAAAGAGAAAACCACCAAACUGAA